UCACUACCGUCGCACGACACUCACCAAGCCCAACCGACUUUUAUCCCACUUUCAACCACAUAACUACAAUGUCUGGCAAAGGAAAGGCUGGCAAGUCCGGAGGCAAGUCUGGUGACGCUUCCAAGUCCCAAUCCCGCUCUGCGAAAGCUGGUCUCCAAUUCCCGGUUGGUCGUAUUCACCGACUUCUCAAGCGUGGCAACUACGCUCAACGUGUUGGCGCUGGUGCUCCUGUCUACCUCGCUGCCGUACUUGAGUACCUUGCUGCCGAAAUUCUUGAACUUGCAGGAAACGCUGCUCGUGAUAACAAGAAGCAACGUAUUGUGCCUCGUCAUCUCCAACUUGCUAUCCGAAAUGAUGAAGAGCUGAACAAGCUCCUUGGCAAUGUUGUCAUCUCGCAGGGUGGUGUCGUACCAUUCAUCAACCCCGAGCUCCUGCCGAAUAAAACUGCAAAGGGCAAGAAAGAGUCUCAGGAGGUGUAGAUUUCGUAUUUCGUCGCAUUACAUUUCCUGUGUUUUGUAUUAUUAUACGCCUUGUAUUUGUGCUUUUCCCUUUAUUCUGGCUUCCUUGAAUAUCCUGUCUGAAUGUGUGGGAGAAUUAAGUUCGUGCGUGGGAAUUAUCGAGACUGGCCUUCAUUUCUCGAAGGCCUGUUGUAGUCGUUACUGCAUCGGUUAUACUGGAAUGAGACUGAAUGGGAGCAACUGCUGUUCCAAGCUAUUGUGC